GAACGGCGGCGGCGGCGGCGGCUGGUGCUCGAUCCUCGAUCCUCGAUCCUCGAGUCCAAAGAUCCUGUAGCUAUUGGAUCUUUGCUCGCGUCUGUCACCAUCCGCCUUCACUAAGAGAGCGGGAACGGUACAUUGCAUAGACGUUGGGAGAGUUUCUGAACAGCUGGAAUCAUGGGCGUUCACGACUUGUGGCAGAUUUUGGAGCCUGUGAAAGAAAAUGUUCCAUUGCACAAUCUGAAAGGGAAAACAUUAGCUGUGGAUAUGAGCUUGUGGGUCUGUGAGGCUCAGACAGUAAAAGGCAUGAUGGGAACAGUUAUCAAGCCUCAUCUCAGAAAUUUAUUUUUCCGUACUUCAUAUCUCACUUUGAUGGAUGUGAGACUUAUCUUUGUAACAGAAGGUGCCGCACCAAAAUUGAAGGCUGACACGAUGAGUAAAAGAAAUGAGAUACGACGUGGCGGGUCCAGAAAGCCAGGGAGUUGUAUUGUUCGGACAGGAAGAUCUCAUUUUAAAUCUGUUCUUAAAGAGUGCUGUGAAUUUUUGGAUUAUUUGGGUAACCCAUGGGUUUGUGCAGCUGGUGAGGCUGAAGCUAUGUGUGCCUAUCUAAAUGAAAAUGGAUACGUCGAUGGAUGUGUCACCAAUGAUGGUGAUGCUUUUUUAUAUGGAGCACAGACUGUGUACAGAAACUUGACUAUAAACACAAAGGAUCCACAUGUGGACUGCUACAGAAUGUCAGCCAUAAAAUCCAAAUUAGGGCUUGACCGAGAUGCGCUAGUUGGUUUAGCCAUUCUGCUUGGAUGUGAUUACCUACCAAAGGGGGUUCCAGGAGUUGGGAAGGAACUGGCUUUAAGGCUGGUUGAGACAUUAAAUGGGCAGAGUCUACUUCAAAGGUUUAAACUGUGGAAAGGAGAGUUUGAUGAAAUUAGUACUCGUGAUUCAAUUGUUAAAAAAGUACACUGCUCGGUGUGCCGACACCCAGGAUUAGCCAGUGACCAUGCAACAAAAGGUUGUCAUUUGUGUUCAAGUGAUCAGUCCUGUUUACCACACAGCAGUGACUACCAAUGCCCUUGUAAUUGGCAUCGGGCAGAGGAAAAGAGAAAAACAAACCCAUUGGAGAAUAUCAUCAAAAAAAAAGCAAAAGCUUGUGAACAUUUCCCAUUCAAAGAGGUGAUCAGGGAAUUUCUUAUCAGUAAGGACCAUCCAAUUCAAAAAGCUCAAUGGAGGCGCCCAAAUCUACUAUUACUUCAGAAUUUUGCUUUGAAUAAAAUGGAGUGGCGUAGGCACUACACAUGUGAAAAAGUCCUGCCAUUACUUUCACAUCACGAUAUGAUGGAGAAAAGAAUGGGUAAAAGGAAUCCAUGGCAUUUACAGCCUGUGAGUAUCAUCAAAACAAGAAUUCGAAAUGGGAUUCCAUUCUAUGAAAUCCUAUGGGUAAAACCAGAAAAUUAUGUUUACUCGGAUGAACAGCCUGAAGAUUCUCAGUGUACUGUGACAACCCUAGAGGAGCAACAUUUGUUUGAAGCAACGUACACAGAUAUUACUGCUCAAUUUCACAGAGAGAAAGCUGAAGAGAAGGAGAAGAAGCAUAAAAAAGGUAAAAGUAAGAAAAAAGACAAGACCACACCAGUGCCUGAUGAAAUUACUCAACUAAUGUCGACAAUGAGUUUACAACCUGUUGAUCAAAGUUUGGAUGCAAAAAGGCAACUUGAUCUAAAGAAUGCAGAUCAACAAACAAAUCCUUCCAACGGGACACAUCUGACUACUUCUAUUGGCUUUUCUACUGAAUAUUCUGUGUUGCCCAAAGAUUUCUGGAGGGAAUCCACAAUUGACAUUUCACAAUCUGCAAAACAUCACAGUGCAGAAGAAGAAAAAUUUGAUAGUGAGUCGUUAUUUCUCAAAGCAUCAGAAAAUGGGAUGAGUCCCUCUACUGUUUCUCCAUCAGCGUCUUUAUUGGUUGCAGAGAUGCACUUAAGUGAUAUAGACUGGAGUCAAUCAUUUAGUACACCACAUUCAGGGCGUUCUCCGGUAAUACAAACUGAACAAGCUCAGUUAGUGAAUAAUGGGAAUUGUGUUCCCAUUAGCUCUUCCAUCAAAUCAAUGGAGGAUGAUGCCUGGAAGAAAAAUCCUGUAGUGCCUUCUCAAGAAUGUGUUAGAAAAAAUAUGGAAUUAUUUUAUGAGGAUACGCCCAUGCUGCAGGAUUUUAAUCACCUGCCUUUAAAAGAGAGAAUUCUAUUGAAGAAUUCAUGCCAGGUUUUAUCUCUGCCUCGGGCAAACUCUAAUUCAAGUGAAAACAACAAUUUGCCAGGUUCUGCUUCCAUUAAAAGUGAUAUACCAUCUGCUGAAGCAGAUUCUAAGUCUCUUAUUGAGGCCAAACUCGCAAGUAAUUCCAAUAAAGAGAAACUCGCCAGGGAUUCAUUCUCAGAAACUCGACAUGCUCAGCAAGAGGGAAAGGAAAUAUACAUUUCUAAGAAAAUUGCAGGUCAUCAUUCCAAACCAUGGACUGUACCCAAAAAGAAGGUGAUAAAAGAUUCAAGGGAAAACGUUUUUGGAACUUGUGACCCAGUAUUGUAUUCGUACCAAAUUUUAAAUCCAGAGUGCAUCACAUCUGCAGUGGAGGAAAAAAAAUCAUGCAAACCGAUCAGAACGAAAACAGCGAAUGGAUGUAGAGCAACAAUUGCACCAAAAGGUGUGUAUUACACCAUAUAUUCAUCUAGCGAAGAUAGUGAUUCAGAGAUUUCAAAAAAUGUGAACCAAAAGCAAGGCAUCCAUUUAAGAGCUGGAGAGAACACAGUAAUCCCAUUCUGCACUGCACAACACAAUCAACCUCAUGUUCAGCAGAAUAAAUGCAGGCCUACCAUUGAUAGAAUUUGUAAUACCAAUAGUCGGUGUGAAGUAGAUAAUGCUACUGUUUUAAGGAAUAAUGACCAAACACAAUCAAUGCCCAAGUACAACAAAGUUAAGAGCAACCGUGUCAUCUCCCAGAAAAAUACUUGUGGCAGUGACAGCAUUCUGCUGAAAUUGCCUUUGAGCAGUGUGGAAAAUCAGAAAAACCCUGGUGAUAAUGACGAUUCCAUUAUAGUAAUAAGUGACAGUCCCCUUCCACUUUCUGAAAGACUAAAGCUUUAACUCCAGUUGAAUUAUUUCACUCAGUUGCAGAAAUUUGAGUACAGUCUGACCCUCUAUUUGCUCACGUUGAAUUUCCUGCACUGAAAACUGGCAGUCAUUUUAAAUGUUCCCAAGAGUAUAUUUAAA